GAGGGGCGGAGCCUAGUUGCUGAAUAUUGAGAUAGAGGAAGUGUCUCCUCAGCUGCGCUCCAGCCGCUGGACUUUGGAUCCUACUAAAUUGAAGCUGCCAUUCCGGAUAACUUUUUUUAAAUAAAACGAACAAAAGCGUCACCAUGCCGACAGAGGGGGAGCCAACAGACCUGAUCAAGGUGUCGCACCUCCUGGUGCUGUCGUUCUCCUGGGGCAUGCAGGUGUGGGUGUCCUUCAUCGCAGGCUUCGCGCUGGUGCGCCAGGUGACCCGGCACACCUUCGGCCUGGUGCAGAGCAAGCUCUUCCCCCUGUACUUCUACUUUCUGCUGGGGAGCAACUUCGUCAACCUGGCCGUGUACGCCGUGUACCACCCCAGAGAGCUGCUGGACUGGCAUGAAAGUGUGCAGAUGGCCCUGUACUUCGUGGCGCUGGUCACGGCGGGCCUGAACGCCCAGUGGUUCGGCCCCGCCGCCACCGAGGUGAUGUUCCAGAUGAGGGACGUGGAGAAGGAGCACGGCCUGGGGAACCAGGUCGGCCUGGGCAGCCAGAAAGAGGGGUACGCCAAGCUCCGGGAGCAGGACCCCAAGUACAGAGCCUACAAGAGCAAGUUCGGCCGCUACCACGGGCUGUCCAGCCUCUGCAACCUGAUAGGGUUCCUCUGCACCACCACCAACUUGGUCUACGUCGCUCUGAAUUUGUCCACCAUUUAGAGGAGAGUUGGGCGGAGUAGUUGUGCAGCCUGUCGAGCAGUAGUACACACGAGCAGCGUGUCAGGAUCAUCCGUUCAUUACAUGUUUAAAAGGAUUCCACCGUGUCCAAGAUCUGAAAAACAUCUCACAGUUUAUUUCUGCAUCAUCGCAGUGACUCAAGACAAACAGUAAUAUACGUACAGAGUUAAAUAAAAGAGCGAAUUUAAUUACACUAAAAAAAAUAAAUAAACAAUCACUUUAUCUAAACCAAGUGUCCUUAUGUGCAGUGUCUAGGGAGCGUCACAAAACAAUCAUCGCUGUUAUUUUAGCUCUCAGUUAAGGACUUUGGAUCUUGUCAGUUUAAAUAAUAUCAUCUCACAAAGAAAGGAUGAUUUUUUUUUCUCGUGUUAAUAUUUGAUUUUAUUGCUUUUAAGAAAGAAAGAGAAUCUUUAACAAUGGGAAUCAUGUCAGGGGCUCUUCGGGCACUUUUAUUGCAGUUCCAGCAGGGGGCGGUGUUUGGACACAAAUUUCUUCAGAGCACAUUUCAUUUGUAAAAAAAAAAAUGUAAAAAGGUAUGUUUCUUGAUAUUGUAAUUAAAUUUUUUUUAAAUAGUCAGUCAUGUUGCAUUAACACUGUGAUUGUGAUCAUUUGCAUCCAUUUUUGCAUCUAUUAUUAUUAUUAUUGUUAUUAUUGUUUCUUCUUAGGUCUCUAUUUUAACACAAUAAAACAAAAACACUGAAUAGA